AAGAAAAUGGAAAUAGAAAACCAGUCCAUGGUGACAGAAUUCAGUCUCUCAGGAUUCACUGUCCAUCUGGAGCUACAGGUCCACCUACUUGGGGUGUUCCUGUCAAUCUACGUCAUCACUGUGGUGGGGAAUCUCGGGAUGAUUUUGCUAAUAAGGUCAGAUUCCCGACUUCACACCCCCAUGUACUUUUUCCUCAGCAACUUGUCCUUUGUAGACUUCAGCUUGUCAUCUUGUAUCACACCUAAGUUGCUAAGAAAUCUUUUGGCAGACAGGAAGGUCAUUUCCUAUGCUGGCUGCCUUUCCCAGUUCUAUUUUUAUGUUGUAUUUGGUACUACGGAAGGAUUCCUGCUGGCGGUCAUGGCAUAUGACCGCUACAUGGCCAUCUGUAACCCACUGCACUAUAGAAUAGCCAUGUCCCGUAGAGUCUGUGUCAGCCUGAUUGCUGGCUGUUAUCUGGGUGGAAUUAUCAACUCUACUGUGCACACAGGCACCAUGCUCCGAUUGUCCUUCUGUGAAAUCAGUGUUAUCAAUCAUUUUUACUGUGAAGCCCCCCCACUCUAUGCAAUCUCAUGCACUGACACCAACAUCAACAGCAUGGUUAUAUUUGCAUUCACAGGGAUAAUUAUAUUAGUUACUGUAACGAGCAUCAUUGUCUCCUACACCUUCAUCCUGGCCGCCAUCCUGAAGAUCCGCUCAGCUAAGGGCAGGCACAAAGCCUUCUCCACCUGUGCCUCCCACAUGACAGCAGUUUCCCUCUUCUACGGAUCUGUUGCAUUCAUGUAUCUACGGCCCAGCUCCAAACACUCCCAGGAUGUAGACAAAGUGGCCUCCUUGUUCUACACAGUGGUGACCCCCAUGCUGAACCCCCUGAUUUACAGCCUGAGAAACAAGGAAGUAAAAGAUGCCCUGAAGAGACUGAUGAAGAAAAAAAGGGACAUAUGUAUGUGAUGAUGAUGAG